CUACAAUUGAAUCAUCAAUCCUCUCUCUACCUACGAAGAACACACAAAUCAAACGCCCUUCCAAAUACUCCCAUAACUUAUACUUUCAAAAUGGAAACCGUCAAGAACGUCGCAAACUACGUCUCUGAGACCAUCCAGGGCACUGGCUCUGAGGCCUCUAAGGAAGCCAACAAGCAGGUUGCAAAGGACUCCAACGUAUCCGUUUCCAGCCGUCUGCAAGCCGCUGGUGAUGCCAUCAGUGACAAGUUGGACCAACACAGCCACGAGACCAAGGCCGAGGUUCACAAGGAGGCUGCUAAGCACUAGCUGGACGUUUCUUUCUUUGGAAGUCCUCACAUUCGCAUCUUGUCUUUCAGCAAGCGUGGGCGCUGUUGC